GGUACAGCGGUUGUAAGUUGCUGAGUGGUGCUGCCUUUAGAAGUUUACUCCUUCCUCAUCAAAGGGAACCAAACAGCCACACUAUGCAUAGCUAGCUAACGGUAGGAGUGCGGGAUAGGUCAAUUAGGUAAUGGAUCGCCCCAAUACCAGUACCACAGAGUCUCACAAUGGCAGUCAGAGAGAUCUCGAGCUGAAUUCACGAAAUCAAGAAGUCACUGACAACGAGGAGAGCCAACCCAACAACGACAAUCAAGUCCCUGUUGCUGCAACGAAUGAAACUCAACGGGAUGAAGGCGUUGAUGAAGAAGGAGCCACAGAGGGUCAUCCUCGUGUGCCAUCACUACCACCAUCUGUGACCGUCCAAGCAGACCCAAAAUUCAUGGAAAUUUCGGAUCAAGAGCGGGAAUGGGCACUGCAGAUCAAGCGCACAGUGGAAGCCAGUCCUGAAUUAGACAGUAUUCCGGACAUGAUGUAUGCUCAUUUGGCCAUAUUCUCACAGGGUGACUUGGAUUGUGCUGUGAAUCGGGUGUUCAACCUUCAAGCCUACAGGAAAGAGUACAAUAUUUUCGAUUCUAUCGAAGAGGGCAAGAGGGUUAUCGAGAAGUACAAUAUUCAAGACUUUCAAGGUAUUGUGCUCUCCUUUGAUUUUGAUUUGGAGGCAGGCACUUCUCUGUUGGUACUUGAUCCUACGAAACUUGACAAAAGUGUCUUCAAAUGUCAUAGAAAGACCAAGGAAAUAUUCAUGGCACUGUACUACAUGUCACAGGCCUUCUUCCCCAACCUGGAGGUAGUGAGAAAAGGACAUGUACAGAUUGCUGAGUUUGAGGGAUUUGACCCUAGCAAGAACAUGGUGGAUGGCAAAUUAAUGAGAAGGGGAUUGAUUGAAAUCCAUGGAUCUUACCCCACAUUUUUUUCUCACGUGUACAUGUAUCAUACACCCAUGGUAGCCAACUUGAUGAUGUCUCUGGGCAAGCGAGUGCUGCCAAAGAAUUUGUCAUCCAAAUUCACUCUGGGGUGUACUUUUCCCGGGCGCCUGGACCAGUUCUACGGUCUUCCAACUAUUGAGGCUGCCACACGGAGGGCAUUGGACAACAUGUACGAGUCUCUUCGAAUCCGAUACGAAAAUGAAAGGACUUUCAGACUAUGAUGGUUCAUGCUGGAAGAAUGGGCUGGUGGAAACUUUCAAGUAGUAGUGUAUAGUGCAUACUGGUAGCAGACAAGCAACGUACGUAAUAGUCAAAAAUAAAUGCAGUUUCCUAAACG